AUGAAAAUAAUUAUCAAAACCUUAAGUGGAUAAACCUUUGAUAUUGAAGUACAACCAACAGAAACAGUAACUCUGAUUUACAAAUUAGGUUCUAAACAUCAAAGAAAAAAUUGAAUAGAAUAAAUAAUUCGAAAUAGCCUAAUAAAAACUUUUAAGAAAAGGAACUCUUUUGCAAAAUGAAUAAACUGUUGCUGAAUUGGGACUUUAGGAAAAAGACUUUCUGGUAGUCAUGGUCAACGUCAAAGUAACUAAUUCAACUACAUAAAUCUAGAAAGGACCUCCUCAACAACAGCCUGUUUAAUAAUAAGUGCAAUAGCCACCAUAGUAACCACAACCAGUCUAAGCAUAAUAACCAAUAUAAGCGCCUAAGCCACUCGUUGCUCCUGCUCCAUAAAAUUUGGUGACUGGCUCCGAAUAUGAUGCAGCCAUUCAAAAUUUGAUUUAAAUGGGAUUUGCUAAAUCUGAAUGCGAAGCAGCUAUGAAGGCAGCCUUUAACAAUCCGGAUAGAGCUAUCGAAUAUCUACUAAAUGUAAUUUAACAUUAUGCUAUUGAAGGGUAUUCCUGUAGUUAAUCAGCCACCUCCACCUCCAUAGACUUAAAAUGAAAAUCAGGAACACCAAAAUGCAUUUUAAUAAUUGAGAGAUUAAUUUAUUUAAAAUCCAGAGGCAAUCCUUUAGUUGCUGCCACAAUUACAAUAAACAAAUCCCUAAUUAUAUUAGGUAUUUAAAAUAUUUGAGUUUGAAUAGUAAAUUUAACAGAAUCCUGAGGCUUUGGUUUAGUUAAUUUUGGGCGGUCAUCAGGGAGGAGAAGAUGAAAUAGAGACCGAGAUAAAUUAGGAGGAUGAAUAGCAACUCAAUUAGUUAAUCAUGAUGGGCUUUACUAAGGAGGAUGCGCUCGAAGGAUUUUUGGCUUGUGAUAAAAAUGUGGAGACUGCAGCAUCGUAUUUAUUUGAGAAACAAGCAAGGGGGGACCUAUUAAGUAUCAAAUCGCAUUUAUAUGAAGGUCAACACUAUGAGAGAGAGGAGAACAAUCCUGACAAUUAUCACGACGAAGGGGAUGAAGGAGAAGAUGAUAAUGAUGAUGAUUAAUAUUUAUGAAUUCAUAUUAUUAAAUCAUUU